AUGACUGUCACUGCACUGAGCAUAUUCUUGGCCAGUACAGUCGCCUCACUUUCACUAGAUUGCCUUCUGCAUCCUUUGGAUACAAUCAAAACACGUAUCCAGUCUCGUCAGUAUGUUGGUUCCUUGCGAGGCCCAAAGACCAGCAUCCUAGGCGAUACGAGAAUCCUUCGUGGUCUUUACCAAGGCAUAGGACCCGUGCUUGUCACCUCGUUCCCUUCUGCGGGCGUAUUUUUCUUCACUUAUGAACGUAUUCGAUCUAGGUUGGCCUCGGCAUCAGAAGGCCCUGAACCGACUAACUCCACUCUAAUUCUAUCUGACAUAUGCGCAUCUUCUGCUGCUGAAGUUGCAGCUUGUCUAAUUUACGCUCCCACUGAGCUAUUGAAACAGAAUGCGCAAGUCGCUUUAUCCCCAUCUACAAAGCCAACAUCAUUAGCAAACCAUCAACAACCUAGCACAUCUCGUGGACGCACAUUAGCAGCAGUAUUGAAAAGCGUCGGCGGACCUACCAAGCUUUGGAAAGGGUAUUGGGCUAUUUUGGCGCACAACCUACCGUGGACCCUCAUUCAAAUGCCUGUCUACGAAGCUCUCAGAAGACAUAUGCCUCGGUCGGAAUCUCAGACCAAGAAGAAUGACACCUUCGAAAUUAUUGCCAAUGCCAGCAUAUGUGCUGCCAUCUCAGGUGGAAUAACAGGUUUCCUUACUGCCCCGCUGGACGUCAUCAAGACACGAGUAAAUCUGGACUCUUCUGAGCAAGCAUUCUCUGGCGGCAAAAGGGUGAUGAGGGCAACGCAGAAUAUAAUCAAAGCAGAAGGCCUGCGGGGGCUGUACCGUGGAUGUGGCAUCAACAGCUUCAUGGCUGUUUUUGGUUGCGGUUUAUAUUUUGGUCUAUACGAAGGGGGAAAGCAUUGGCUAGGUGAUGAUAUAGAUCGUGCUUCAGGUGAAGUUUUCGUCUAA